AUGGAGAAACCGUCUCUCAAGCUUGUCUUCUUAUUCUCCCUCACAAUCAUAUUAUUGUGUAUGCUUCUUCCUUGAUGACUUCUUCUUUAUUAUAUAGUUCAUGAAGUGAUUAGCCUCGGUGGCAACUGCUUGCCGCAAGUAGCACCUACAAUGGACACUUAUGAGACCAAUGCAUCUUGCCGUAGAGACAACGACUGCAUCCAGUACUGUCCUAAGGGCUGCAAGAUUGUUAACUGUAAUUUUGGAACCUGUUUCUGUGAGUGUUAAGAAAUUAGAAAUCACCAUAAUAUCUACUUAGAAUACAGAGAGGAACAAGAGAUUUCAAAUAGAUAUAGAAAAUUGUUUAAAUCAAUU